AUGUUGGUUGCCUUCUCGCGAAAGACCGUCCGACUCGCCAUGCGGGGAGCCGGAUGGGGAGGCUUGGCGCAGUCUGUGCGCGCCAGCAGCGGUGUCUGUGCCGGCAGUGUCGCAGCGGAUGCAGGCGAAGGCGGUGGGGGGUGGGAGGCGCGGGCCCAGCCGCUGGCCGGCGUCACUGUGCUCGAGCUGGAGGGGCUGGCGGCUGCGCCAAUGGCCGGCAUGGUCCUGGCCGACUUUGGCGCCCGAGUCAUCCGCAUUGAUCGGCCGCCGGCGGCUGCGGCACAGACGACGGGCGAUGCAGGCGACGGCGACGGGACGGGAAGCGGGAGCAGUCGGGCGGGUGAGACGGACGCAAUCGAUCACGAGCCACACAUGGGGACAACGCUGACGUCGCGCGGUAAAGAGUCGGUGGUCCUCGAUCUCAAGGUGCCGAAGCAGGUGGAAGCGUUCAAGGCGCUGGCGCAGAGCGCGGACGUGGUCAUCGAGCCGUUCCGUGCUGGUGUGAUGGAGUCGCUAGGGCUCGGGCCAGAAGUGCUGAUGGGUGAAGAGGUCAAUCCGCGGCUAGUCUACGCGCGGAUGACCGGCUACGGGCAGGUUGGGGAGGAAGCGACGGCUGCCGGGCACGACAUCAACUACGUGGCCGCAACCGGCUUGCUCUCAUGCUUUGCCCGUGCCCUGCCGCAUCCAACCCCCCCCACGCCGCCCAUCAACUUGCUCGGCGACAUGGCCGGCGGUGCGUUCUCGUGCGCGUUUGGCAUCGUCCUCGCGCUGCAUGCCCGCGAUGCGCCCGGUGGGACCGGAGCCGGCUCGAUUGUUGACGCGAACAUGGUCAGUGGUUCGGCGUACAUCGGCUCGUUCCUCUACGCCAUGGCGCAGGCCGGUGGGUACGCGCCGUCGCGCCCGGGCACUAAUCUUCUUGACUCGGGGGCCCCGUUUUACGACACCUACCAAACCGCUGACGGAGAGUACAUGGCACUCGGCGCAAUCGAGCCCAAGUUCUUUGCCGAAGCCGUCGCGCUGCUCGGCCUCGACGUUGAGCCAGCUGCGCAAUACAAGGCCAAGAGCUGGCCGGCGCUCCGGGCGGCGCUCACCUCGGCGUUUGCCUCGCGGACCGCCGCCGAAUGGGACGCCGUGUUUGCCGGCUCGGACGCGUGCGUCUCGCGAGUGGUGCCGCUCAACGAGGUUGUCGCCAACCCACCGGGCGGCCGGUUCGGCGACGAGCCGCAGGCGGUCAUGCCGCUGCCUGCGCCGACGCUUGCGGCCCGUGACGCCGCGGCUCCCCCCGCAGGCCACAAGGUCCGGAUGACGCUCCCGUCGCGGCCACGCCGGGCUGACGCCUGA